AUGACCGCCUCGGCCGAGAAGACCGAAUACGUCGUGGUUUUAAACGGGCCCCACAGAAAGACCGAGGCGGUCCGCAACCAAAUCGCCCUCAGCAUGGCCGGCCAAAGGAUACAGCGAAAACCCUCCGUUCGGAUCCUGGGAGCCUACAUAGAUCAAGAUGGCAAAGGCACCACGUGGGUGACGAAAGUCGCCUUGCAGUGCAGAUCCCUCCUCCGCCUCAUCCGUAGAAUCACACACCUCCAGUGGGGCACGCGGGAGAGAGAAACGCGCCAGCUUGUCACGGCGCUGCUUGAAUCCCGUAUCCUCUACGGCUAUAACUAUCACGUCCUCACGCCCAGGCAGGCGGAGCAACUCGAGAAACUCAAUCGCGAAGCCAUCCGCAUUGUUACCGGACUGCCUAAGUAUACGCCCCUCCGGGAGCUGUACGCACACGGCGGCAUGAACCUCCUGUCGGAACUCGCCGAACAGGCGCUCCUCGCCCAGAGAGACCGCCUCAGCAGCUCGACAGCUGGGCUUUCCAUAUUGGAAGAGCUUGGCGUGCCUCCCAGUCUGGACGUCCGCCCGGCAGACGCGCACUCGCCCCCUCCGUGGGCCGCCCCGGUUACGCUUACCGACGGAAAACCCCUCCCACGAAACAUGGGACCUGGAACGAGCAACUCGGAGCGACGCAAACGCUUUGCCAAAGCGCACACACGUAGCGUCGCGCACAAAUCACCGCCUACGCACACCAUCAUCUACACUGACAUGGCGGAGACCUUGCUGUCGACUACCGGCGACGACGGGGAAGGAGAGGACAGAACCCCCAAGCACGUCCAGGCGGUCGCGUGGGUCGACACCACCCAUGGCAUUCCGAACGCGGCUGCGCUUUCGACCACUGAAGACGUCGACACUACGCAAGCGGAACUCAUGGCACUUCUCCGAGCAUCCCAGUGGGUUCUUCAAACUUUUGCACCAACAGACAUCCCACACAGGCUCCUACUGUUCACCGACUCGACUCGCGCGUACGAAACUUGCAGACGAGCGAGCGGGAGCCCCUCAAUGUACACGGGAAUAGUCGGCGAGUUGCUCGCCGCGUUCCUAGAACUUCGAAACAAGCUCAACAUCCAAGCUACUAUUUCCUGGGUGCCCGCGCAUGCGGGCAUUGACGGCAAUGAGUGGGCCCACAGCGAGGCGCGAGCAGCAGUUCGCCAGAUGGCAUCCGCGCCGAACGCAUUCCACAACUCAGCCGGCGAGGCGGCCGGCCCGGCCGACCCGUCUGUCGUCAAGGAAAGUGCUAAACAGCGAAGGCGGAGAAUCCUACGGCACUUUCGUGAGGAGCGGGAGGAACGCCCGGACGAGCAGUUGCGUCCCGUUCCUCCGAUGCCGAAUGACCUACCGAGGAGCACUCAGUCCCUCGUCCGCCGCCUCGCGACCAACACUGUCCUAUCCCCGGCGCUGCGCCAUAAGUUCUUCGGCGACGAUCCUGACGAGGGGGCGUGUCGCCGGUGCCGGAGUGCCGCGACGGCUGCCCAUGUUGUCUGGGAGUGCGAGCGCCACGCUAGCCUUCGGAAAACAAAACUGGAGGAACUCCCAGACGAGAUCCGUCCGGCGACGUAUGUUGAUUGGAUUCUACCCACCAGUCGUGACAAGACGAUCGUCUCCCUGCUGUGGACAAAGCUGGCGGAGUUCGUCUACGACGACGACGGCCCCGGUGGACGACUUUGCAGCAGCCGAAGGCGCUGGGACCAACACCCACCCAGACCGCCAUGACGGCAACGGCAGAUCCUUAGGCCCGCACCGAUGCAGACGACAAUGGUGCAUUAUAUGUGUGUAUGGUAUAUGUGUGUGUA